UUCCAUAUAUAUAUAUAUUUUCUUUUUCUUUUUUUAAAGAAAGAGAAAAAAAUGAAAAACCAAUUAGGCGGGAAAAAAUUAAAUUCGAAAAGCAGUGUAAGAAGAGAAAAAAAGGCGGUCUUUUAUUACUGCCUGAGUCAGCGGUUUCAGAGACAAGCGAGGCCGUCAUGGAGGCAACGAUCGCCGGAAUCGUUGCAGAGAUAGCCGAAUUCCGUUCCCACAACCCAACGAACUCGGGAAUCGAAUCUCAAUCGCCGGCCAUUUCCGAUUCGUGUCUCUCAGACCUCCAAAUCCUACUGGACCAAACCUUCAAUGACGAUGAUUCAGAAGCCAUAGACACCCUCUACGAGAAGCUCUCGUCCAAGAACCUUUCUCCUUCAAGUCUCAUCCCUCCUAUCGCCUCAGUAAUGGAUUCUGGACCUACCCAUCUCUCGCUAUUUGCUUCUCAUGUAUACCUUUCUCUGCUUCUGUACCCUAAUUCCCCUGUCUUCACUCUCUUCUCUCCGGUGGCAUUCCUUUCUCUUCUCCGGUCUAUUCGCCGUUCUAUCAAGAAUCGGCCAACUGCCCAAACCGGUUCAAGCCAGGGCCCAGCUAAUCGGAAAAAGAAUCGCGCUCGAGGAGGCGGUCUGAGGAAAUGUGAUCCGAGUUCUUACGGUGAAGAUUGCGAUGGAGGCGAAGAGAGCGAGUUCGUUAUGAGGGCUUUGUUUCCUGUGCUUGAAAAGUUACAACUCGUAACUGGUUUGAUUCAUCUGGACCGUUUUCCAGAUAGUUUGAAGUCUUUAGUUCAGACAGUCGCUGAAAUCCCCGUAAUAGGAUUCGAACUUUGUGGAAAUUCAGGUAACUAUAACAAACUGAUAGACUUGUGCUCGUCGAUUCUGCGUGAAGUCUUAAAGCCUGAGCAUGGUGACGAAGCAAACACAGCUGCUGAGGUCUUGAAGUCAUUGUCAUCUAUGAUUCUUCAACCUAAAUCUCAUGCGGGGACAUUUGCUCUGGGUUUCGUGAAGAAGGAAAUGAUGGAGGUAGCCAAGGACUCUGAUGGUGUAAGAAAAGCAAUAUUGAAUCUUCCCAAGUACUUAGCCCAAAAGGCGCCAGAGAAAUCUGAGCCCAGAGCUUUGGCUGUGGAGUCAAUCACGGAGAUUGUUCGAGUCAUGGAAUUGCAGGAACAAACUGGGUUUGUGGAAUAUGUAUUGAAGAUGACCCAGGGGAAGGCCAACCUAAGGCUCUUGGCUGUUGACCUCAUUCCCAUGCUUGUUACGUCCUUAGCAGACCCAUUGAGGGAUUCGUGCGGAAUGAACUGUUUGAAAGCUUUGAUUCAAUGCUGUUCGGAUGUGAUUGCUGGAAUCCGAGCUCGUGCAUUGUUGAACUUGUCAGAAGUCGUGGGGAUUUUGACCCGUAAUGAUAGGGGGGAGACCAUGCUGAAAGAAUCUAUGGGGUUUGUCAAUUUGGGGAAGAGUGAAAUGGUUGAUCUUCUGAGGGAAAGGUGUAUGGAUGAGAAGGCGGCGGUGCGGAAGGCUGCACUUGUUCUUGUUUCAAAGUUGACAGCUCUAUUUGGGAGUGGCUUUGACGGAUCCUUGCUGAAGGCUAUGGGGGUGGCUUGUUCUGAUCCACUUGUUAGCAUCCGGAAAGCUGCAAUUUCAGCUCUUUCAGAGGCCUUCAGAAAAUUUCCGGAUGAAAGUGUGUCUAUCGAGUGGCUGCAUUCAGUUCCAUGUUUAAUAAAUGAUAAUGAAUCCAGCAUACAGGAAGAAUGUGAGAACUUGUUUCUGGAACUGGUAUUGGAUCGAAUCUCUAGAGCUGGAUCUGUGGGUUUGCCCAAAUGCGGAUCCAAAUCGAACAAUUAUGAUGUCAAAGCAAAAAGUUCAGAGAUAGACGACAAAGUGUUAUUUCCCGAAGGUGUUCUGGGUCUUUUAGAAGGGAUUUGCAAUGAAGAGGUGUCACCUUGGGUGAAGAAAAUUUGCACAAGCCUGGGUAAGAAGAAACGGUUGAAGCAGAAAGUUGCUAAUGCGCUUCAGCAUAUCAUACAGGCAACUGAAUCUCUCUGGUUGAGUCAUUCCUUGCCAAUAAGGAAGUGGACAGCCCCACCUGGAGCUUGGUUUCUUCUUUCAGAGGUGUCAGCAUACCUUGCAAAAGCGGUGGACUGGGAAUUCCUCCAUCAUCAUUGGCAGCUCCUUGACAACGAUGAUAUGGGAGGGGAGGUACGGAGUCCACUUACACAAGGAGAGGCAUAUAAAGAGGAAGAAGGUAUGGAAUCCAAUUCUGUUGCUUGGGCUGGAGAUCGUGUUUUUCUCUUGCAAACAAUCUCCAAUGUAUCUCUUGAGCUUCCCCCUGAACCUGCAGCAGAUUUAGCUCAUAAUUUGUUUUUAAGAGUUAAAGAGUUCAACAUGCAUUCAACUGAGGUUAAUGCUCAUGUAAAAGCACUUAGAACUUUGUGCAAGCGGAAGGCUUCAAAUCAAAAGGAAGCUGAUGCACUUGUUAUGAAAUGGGUUUACGAGCUUCUCUGCAAAGCUUCCCAAAUUUUAAAAAAUUACAUUUCAGAAGAUUCUGAAGGAAAUACAAAUUCCAUCUUUUCUACACCUCGAAGUGGGACCAAAAAAAGCAAGAAAGCAAAAGCCUUGUCUCGUUCAUUGUCAAGAGCAGUCAUAGCAGUCUAUACAAUUGGGUCCGUGGUUAUGAUAUGUCCAUCUGCUGAUACAAGAACGAUAAUUCCACUAUUGCACACUGUCAUCACUUCUGGGAAUUCUGAUCCAAAAUUGAAGAGAUUACCCGGCUCUACGGAAUCUUUAAGGCAAAAAGCUCCUUUGUUAUAUAAUCAUGCAUGGUUGACUUUGGGGAAGAUAUGCCUAGCAGAUGAGAAGCUUGCAAAGAGAUACAUUCCUUUGUUUGUUCAGGAACUUGAAAAGAGUGAUUGUGCAGCUAUUCGUAAUAAUCUGGUUGUGACGAUGGCAGAUUUUUGCAUACGCUAUACUGCUUUGGUUGAUUGUUAUAUAACAAAGAUCACAAAAUGUCUCCGUGAUCCUUGUGAACUUGUGAGAAGGCAGACAUUUAUACUGCUCUCAAGAUUGUUGCAGAGAGACUAUGUGAAGUGGAGAGGAGUUCUUUUCUUAAGAUUCCUUCUCGCUCUUGUUGAUGAGUCAGAAAAGAUAAGACAACUAGCUGACUACCUAUUUGGGAAUAUAUUAAAAGUCAAGGCACCACUUCUUGCAUAUAACAGUUUUAUAGAGGCCAUCUUUGUUCUCAAUGACUGCCAUGCCCACAAUGGACACAGUGAUUCUCACAGCUCAAAUUCAGAGAACAGACUUUUCUCCAUCAGAGGUAAUGAUGAGAAAUCAAGGUCUAAAAGAAUGAACAUCUAUGUUUGUUUGCUGAAACAAAUGGCUCCAGAGCACCUUCUAGCUACUUUUGCAAAACUAUGUGCUGAGAUACUUGCUGCAGCAUCUGAUGGUGCUCUCAAUAUAGCCGAUGUUACUGGGCAGUCUGUUCUCCAGGAUGCUUUCCAAAUUCUUGCCUGCAAAGAGAUCCGAAUCCCAACCCAUCAUGGAUCAUCAUCUGAUUCUGCGGACAUUGAUGAAGAAGGAGAUAGUGGAGCAUCCACUUCUGGUGGUGGUGCUGCUGCUGCUAGAGGAAGGGCUGUAACUCAAGCAGUCAAAAAGGGUUUAGUUCAAAACAUGAUUCCCAUUUUCAUAGAGCUGAAACGGCUAUUAGAAAGCAAAAACAGUCCCCUUAUAGGCUCUCUAAUGGAAUGCCUCAGAGUACUUCUCAAGGAUUACAAGAACGAGAUCGAUGACAUAUUGGUUGCAGAUAAGCAACUUCAGAAAGAGAUCAUGUAUGAUAUGCACAAGUAUGAAACAGCGAAAGCCAAAUCCGCAGCUGCCGAGGCUGUUGCAAGCAAUAAAAGAGCCACUAGCUUCAACUCACCUAAGGUUGCAAAUGGCAAACAGGUUACCAGCACAGGUGAUGCAAGACUUGCUUCAGCAAUGGCUGAUGCUAAUGCUGCAGCCACAGCUCGGUCUGUGCUUGAGGAAGUAAACAGGGGGAAGAUGACACCUCCUCUAAGUUCUCUCAAAAUGCCUAAACUCAAGUCUGCUGAAAAGGGAUGUAACUCAGGAUCAGACCGGCCUUCAGAGGUUAUUGAAUCUUUGAGGAAAAGGCUUGAUUCUGACUAAGUGCCCCUAACGCUUUUUAACAUGAUUCAUGAUUAACAAUUUGACAACUAAUCUCUGUAUAUAUAUUUAUAUAUAGAAAGACAGAGAGAGAACCGAAUCUUCUAAGUAAUUAAUUCUCUUUCUAGUGUAAUUGACCAUGUAUAUACUAGUACAUUCCCUAAUAUAUGAAAAUCUGAUGCUAAUGCUAAUGAGUAUACUAGUACAUUCCCUAA